GUAGGAGACAAGGAGCACCGUCUGCUGCUCGCUCUAUAAAACGAACGGAGGCUGCAGAGCAGAGCAGAGCAGAGCAAGAAGCUUUACAGUGAACGAGUGAGUAUGUGCGGCAUACUUGCUGUGCUCGGGUGCGCCGACGAGGCCAAGGGCAGCAGCAAGAGGUCCCGGGUGCUGGAGCUGUCGCGGCGGCUGAAGCACCGGGGCCCCGACUGGAGCGGCCUCCGGCAGGUGGGCGACUGCUACCUCUCUCACCAGCGCCUCGCCAUCAUCGACCCGGCCUCUGGCGACCAGCCCCUCUACAACGAGGACCAGUCGGUGGUCGUCGCCGUCAACGGCGAGAUCUACAACCACCUGGACCUCAGGAGCCGCCUCGCCGGCGCAGGCCACAGCUUCAGGACCGGCAGCGACUGCGAGGUCAUCGCGCACCUGUACGAGGAGCAUGGAGAAGAGUUCGUGGACAUGCUGGACGGCGUCUUCUCCUUCGUGCUGCUGGACACUCGCCAUGGCGACCGCGCGGGCAGCAGCUUCUUCAUGGCUGCUCGCGACGCCAUCGGUGUGACGCCCCUCUACAUCGGAUGGGGAGUCGAUGGGUCGGUGUGGAUUUCGUCGGAGAUGAAGGCCCUGCACGACGAGUGUGAGCACUUCGAGAUCUUCCCUCCGGGGCAUCUCUACUCCAGCAACACCGGCGGAUUCAGCAGGUGGUACAACCCUCCUUGGUACGACGACGACGACGACGAGGAGGCCGUCGUCACCCCCUCCGUCCCCUACGACCCGCUGGCGCUAAGGAAGGCGUUCGAGAAGGCCGUGGUGAAGCGGCUGAUGACAGACGUCCCGUUCGGCGUCCUGCUCUCCGGCGGGCUGGACUCGUCGCUGGUGGCGACCGUCGCCGUGCGCCACCUCGCCCGGACAGAGGCCGCCAGGCGCUGGGGCACCAAGCUCCACUCCUUCUGCGUGGGCCUGGAGGGGUCCCCUGACCUCAAGGCGGCCAGGGAGGUGGCGGAGUACCUGGGCACCCUGCACCAUGAGUUCCACUUCACUGUUCAGGACGGCAUCGACGCCAUCGAGGACGUGAUCUACCACACGGAGACGUACGACGUCACCACGAUCAGGGCGAGCACGCCCAUGUUCCUCAUGUCGCGCAAGAUCAAGUCGCUCGGGGUCAAGAUGGUCAUCUCCGGCGAGGGCUCCGACGAGCUCUUCGGAGGCUACCUCUACUUCCACAAGGCGCCCAACAAGGAGGAGUUGCACCGAGAGACGUGUAGGAAGGUUAAGGCUCUGCAUCAGUACGACUGCCUGAGAGCCAACAAGGCGACAUCAGCUUGGGGCCUGGAGGCUCGCGUCCCGUUCCUGGACAAGGAGUUCAUCAAUGCGGCCAUGAGCAUCGAUCCUGAGUGGAAGAUGGUCCAGCCUGAUCUUGGAAGGAUUGAGAAGUGGGUGCUGAGGAAGGCAUUCGACGACGAGGAGCAGCCAUUCCUGCCCAAGCAUAUCCUCUACAGACAGAAGGAGCAGUUCAGUGACGGCGUUGGGUACAGCUGGAUCGAUGGCCUGAAGGCUCAUGCAACAUCAAAUGUGACUGACAAGAUGCUGUCAAAUGCAAAGUUCAUCUUCCCACACAACACUCCGACCACCAAGGAGGCCUACUACUACAGGAUGGUCUUCGAGAGGUUCUUCCCACAGAAAUCUGCUAUCCUGACGGUACCUGGUGGGCCAAGUGUGGCGUGCAGCACAGCCAAGGCCAUCGAGUGGGACGCACAAUGGUCAGGAAAUCUGGACCCCUCGGGAAGGGCGGCACUGGGCGUCCAUCUCGCCGCCUACGAACACCAACAUGAUCCCGAGCAUGUCCCGGCGGCCAUUGCAGCAGGAAGCGGCAAGAAGCCAAGGACGAUUAGGGUGGCACCGCCUGGCGUUGCCAUCGAGGGAUAGACGACGACGCAUAUAUAAGCUUCCUACUUUUGUUUCAAUGCAUGCAUGCUAUGUAUCUGUGUCCACCGGCUGUCUAGCCUUAUCAUCAUCACUGUCUGCAACAAAUUAAUAAUCAAGUGGUAUGGGGUACCUACGUUUAAUGUAUACGGAGUAUUGUAUUGCUUGUGUGUGGUAUGCUUAGGUUGGCCGUGAGUAAGGGAUUACAAGUAUUCGAUAUCGGGUGUUUCUAUAGGUUGAAGUGCUCAUAAAGGGCUCCCUAUCCUCUAUGGUCAUGUUUGUAAUAGUUUUUUUUUCUAAAGAGCUUUUCUAUGAAUUUGGAUUCCUGAU